GAAACUGUUAGAAAAUAUGGCGAGUUACUUUAACAUGAACGAAUUCAGUGUAGAACAACUUUUGGCUCUCAACAGUAUCAUAGACAGUGAUGAGGAUAUGGAUGCAAGAGUAGAAGACAUCUUGGAGGACAGAAACUACAGGAUUGCUCCCGAUGACAAGGGUGAAAGCCCAUUCCAGGGAGAAAAACAGUUCAUAGACGAAUACGAUCGUGAUAUGGAAACAAAGAAGCCAAGACGCAUACCUAAGAACUAUAAGGGUAAAAGAGGAAUUAUGCCAACGUGGAAGUACUCUGACAGACAAAAGGCUAAGGCGCUACUUGUAGAGGAAGCAUACCAGAGCUUACUGUCUAAGGGAGUUCAAGGACUGCCACCAACAAUGGGAGGUAGAUGGCGUACAGAUGAUGUUCUCGUUAAUGAGGAAAUUAAGAGAAUCGAAAACGAAAGGAAUCCUAAGGUAAAGCGUCCCAGAGGUAGACCACCAAAGGUAAAGGUUGAUGCUGAAGUGAAAGUGCCAAAAAAGAGGGGCAGACCACCAAAGGUAAAGACCGAUGCUGAAGUGAAGGUGCCAAAGAAGAGAGGCAGACCACCAAAGGCAAAGACUGAUGUUAAGGCCAGGAAGCAAACUGUAGCAGAAAGAUUCCUGAGCCAGAGGAAGGUAAAACUCUCAGUGCCUGCAGAUAGUGUCAUAACUCCAACAGGUCCAGGUAAGUUCACAAUUCACGUGGAUCUUAAUAAGAGACCUGUGAGGAAAGCUCCUGAGGUGCCUAAGGGUGUAGCUCCAUGGAGACCAAUACCUAAGCCUAGAACGGUACUUCCUAGGGAAAGACCUGUGCCAAAACCCAGGACUAAGCUUCCUAAGGAAAAACCUGUGCCAAAACCUAGGACUAGGAAACCAGUGUCUCCUCCUAAGGUCCGUAAGCCUGUAAGGGUGUCGAGGGAAGUCAAGGAGCAGCCUAUAGUGGUUACACCAGAGGAACACGAAAUCGAUCCAUUUGGAACAGACCUUGAAAAGCCAUUCCACAGGAAAAUUGAAACAGCCGCAAAUGGAGCCGCUGUGACUUACUCGAUAACUCCUCAUUAUAUGGACCCUCUGGACCAGAUGACUGCAAGUAGACAGGUAGUGAGAGGAAUACUUGUGAAUGAGUUGAAGAGAAUGGGUGGGUUAAAGUACACAGAGACUCUGAAGGUGAGAAUGUCAAAGGAAAUUGGUAACGGGAAAACCAAAAAGGACUCGAUAUACUUCAAAUCUAAAACUGGUACUGCGACUAACUUCGAGGACAUUGAAAGUACAGCUGCUCAAAACCAACUGACAAUAUUAUCUAGAAUUGAAACCUUCCAAAACUUACGUUCAAAUUGGAUUAUACUCAAUAUUGAGAGUCAUUACGUAAACAUCGCAAUGUACAAACCAUUAAAGGGUAGUUCAUAUAUAAAACUUCCAGGGGACAUUAGUAAUCCAAAGUGUGGGCUCAUCAAUAUGAAGAACAAUGACGACAUGUGUUUCCUGUGGAGUCAUGUGAGACAUCUAAAUCCUAGGGCUAGGAGGGCAACCACUAUCACACAGAAAGACAGGGAAUUCAUAACGAACCUGGACUACGACGGUAUAGACUUCCCUGUGAAGAUCAGCGAUAUUGAUAAGAUUGAGAGGAAAAAUAGUAUCAACAUAUCGGUGUUCGGUUACAAGGGUAAGAAACAGUUCUAUCCUAUAAGGAACUCCAAGGCUAAAUAUGAUGAGCAUAUGGAGCUUCUACUCCUGGGUGAUGGUGAAGGUAGUAGACAUUACGUUCUCAUAAAGGAUGUUAACAGAAUGUUGCACAGUGUGAAUAAACAUGGACACAAGCAACACUUCUGUCUACACUGUCUUCAUAGUUGUGUGAGCAAAGAGGUACUGGAGAAGCAUAAGGAAACAUGUCUGGAGGUAAAUGGAACUCAGGCUGUAAAGCUUCCCAAGGAAGGGACAAAAAUCAAGUUCAAAAAUCACAGGAACUCAAUGCCUGUGCCGUUUGUGAUAUACGCUGAUUUUGAGUCCAUACUAGUACCAGAGGAGAGAAAAGUGGAGUCAGAAAACCCUGAGGACAAAAGUAGUACAGACCUUUACCAGACACACAAGGCUUGUAGUUUUGGUUUGAAGACUGUCUGCCACUAUGAUGAUAAGUACUCCGGUGAGUAUAAGAGUUACGUUGGAGAGGAUGCUGCAUUGGUCUUCCUAAAGACUGUAUUGAAAGAGUCCUUCAGAUGUAGAGAGAUGGUCAACAAUAUAUUCAAGAAAAAGAUGGUAAUUACACCCAAACAGGAAUUCGAAUUCCAGGCUGCAAGAAACUGUUCAAUAUGUGGUAACGACCUUGGUGAGGAUAGGGUAAGGGACCAUGACCACGUAACAGGAAUGUACCGUGGAGCUGCUCACAAUAUAUGUAAUCUAAAGUACAGAAUUACAUGGAAAGUGCCUGUGGUCUUCCACAACCUGAGAGGUUACGAUAGUCAUCUGAUUAUGCAGGAAAUUGGCAAGUUCAAGAUGAACGUCAACGUGAUUCCAAAUAAUAUGGAAAAAUACAUCUCAUUCUCACUGGGUAAGAAUCUGGUCUUCAUAGACUCUAUACAGUUCAUGGCUUCUUCACUGGAAGCACUGGUAAGUAACCUUUCACCUGAGGACUUCAGGAUAGUAGGUAAGAGGUGGAAGGGUGAGGACUUCAAUCUAGUGACACAAAAAGGAGUGUUUCCAUAUGAGUUCCUCGAUGAUAUUAGCAAACUCAAUACAGAAGGUCUUCCGAGUAAGGAUAAGUUCUACUCAUCACUGUAUGAGUCAGAGGUGAAGGAAGAAGAUUACCAGAGAGCUCAGAAAGUAUGGGAUCACUUUAAGAUGAAAACUAUGAGAGACUACCACGACCUCUACUUGGAGACUGACGUUCUUCUACUAGCUGAUGUAUUUGAAAACUUUAGGAGAACAUGUCUGGAAAGUUACGAACUUGACCCCGCACAUUACGUGUCAGCACCUAGUCUGAGUUGGGACGCUUUCCUGAAAAAGUCAGGUGAAGAAAUAGAACUCGUAAGUGAUAUGGAUAUGUUCCAGUUCUUCGAGAAGGGUAUGAGAGGUGGUAUAAGUUAUAUUGCUCAUAGACACUCCACAGCUAAUAAUAAGUACAUGGAGACGUACGAUGAGUCGUCUGAGAACAAGUACCUGAUGUACCUCGAUGCUAAUAAUUUAUAUGGCUGGGCAAUGUCGCAACCACUACCUAACGGAGAGUUUGAGUGGGUUGAGGAAGUUGAUGGUAUGAAUCUAGAGGAUUACUUGGGAGACAACGAAAGGGGAAUGGUUUUGGAGGUUGACCUGGAAUAUCCACAAGAACUUCACAAUCUGCACAACGGUUAUCCUCUAGCACCAGAGAGUAAAAAAAUCAGUGCUUCUAUGUUGUCAGAUUAUGCGAAGAGUAUUGCUGAGAAAUUGGAGGAGUAAGAAAACUAGUGACUUCACUCGGUCCCAGGAAAAAUUACGUCUUACAUGUACGUAAUCUGAAACUGUACACAGACCUUGGGAUGAAACUCACGAAGGUCCAUAGAGCGGUUACGUUCAAGCAGUCUCCCUGGCUUAAGGACUAUAUAGACUUCAAUAGGAAGAAAAGGUCUGCAGCCCGUAAUACAUUCGAAAAGAACUUCUUCAAGUUGAUGAACAACUCAAUCUACGGAAAGACUAUGGAGAAUCUUAGGAAAAGGGUUGAUGUGAAAUUAGUGUCCUCCAAAGACGACCUCCUAAAACUGACAGCAUCACCUUGCUUCCAGUCACAUCGAAUCAUGAAUGAGAAUCUUAUAGUGGUAAAGCGAAUGAAAGAAGUUCUAACGCUAAAUAAACCAUGUUACGUAGGAAUGAGCAUCUUAGACUUAUCCAAGAAUUUAAUGUAUGAUUUCCACUACAACAUAAUCAAGAAGGAGUACGGUAAUAGUUCAAGGCUACUGUUCACUGAUACUGACAGUCUAAUGUACGAACUGAAAACGGAUAAUGUCUAUGAGGACUUUAAGAGAAUUGGUGAAAAGCAAAACUGUUGGGAUAAUUCAGAUUAUCCAAAAGAUUCUCCAUACUACUCAACUCACAACAAAAAGGUUAUAGGUAAGUUUAAGGAUGAAGCUGAAGGAGUACCCAUAAUUGAGUUUGUUGGGUUGAGGUCAAAAAUGUAUUCCUAUGUAAAGGAAAACGGUGGAGGUGGAAUGACUGCUAAAGGAGUCAAAAAGUAUGUCAUCAGAAACAAGCUCACUCAUGAGAACUUCAAGAAUGUAAUCAACACGAAAGGUAGGAUGAGACAUAAUAUGAAUACAAUCAGAAGUGUAAAGCAUGCAAUUGGAACUUACGAAUUGAAGAAGGUUACUCUUAGCUGUUUUGAUGACAAAAGAUACUUACUUGAAGAUGGAAUUACAAGUUACGCUUAUGGACAUCAAAUGAUCGAAAAAAUAGAUGUUGAAAAGGUUACUGAAGAAAAAAUAGAACAUAGCUGUGUACCAGUAAGAGUGGAAGAAAAAAUUGAUAAGUACUACCCCAGAUUACCAUUUGAGGUUGUGGUGCCUGCUAAAAGGUGGAAGUUCAAGAAACUGCAACCGUUAAGAAAGCUUGUGCCUGAUAUUAACCACAUAAGGAACAACCUGGAUAUACUACCUCCAGAAUCAAAGCAAGACUUGAAAAUGUUGAUAAAACUAAAAAUGCAGGCGUUAGGUUUGGCACUUAAGAAGUAACAUCUAAAAUGGGUACUGUGGAGGUUGUAGGAAGUACUAAUCAGUGCUUAGAACUAAUAUAUAACGAUUCUGUGUAAGGGGUGUGUGUACCCCCAAGGAGAAAAUAAAAGUUGUCGAAAAGGCUCUGGAAUAGAGGAAUCGGACGAUAUUAGAAAAGUGUAGGAUUGCACUUAGGAUAAUCGUAUUAGAGUCUCGGCUGGACUGUUAAGGUGAUCCCGAAGCUUUGAGAUAAGUUAAAUGAAUAGCAGUUUCACAUUCCAAUUAAAUGGACCAUGGAACUGCUGAAGUCUCGGGAACCCACUCGUUGUGGUGCGGGACCAUUAAUUUUAAUAUAACAAAAAUAAUUUUUACUAAUGGUAAAAAACUAGUGGUCUAGAAAAAAAGCUGGUGAUCUAGAAAAAAAAGCUGGUGGUCUAAAAAAAACUGGUGGUCUAGAAAAAACUAGUUGUCUAGAACCGGCAGUUCCUAUACUACUAUCAUACCUACCUAAAGAUGGAGUAAAUAUCUGAAACGUUGUUUGUUGUUGUAAUAAACACAUGAUAUAAAAAGAGGCCUUGCUGUGGUUCUUACACUGAACACAAAAAGAUAUUAUUAACAUCAUGCUUAGAGAAAGUUUGUUCAUAAACAUUGCAAAAAUGUGCUGGAAAGAUGGCACAAUUUAAAAAAUAAUAUGUACAAUACCGAAUAUUGUAUGUAUACUUUAAAUUAUACAUUAUAGUAAUGCAUUCUACAUAUAUGUUUCAUUUUAUCAUAGUUAAUAUAGUCCAUGGUUUGAAAACUCAGGGAUACAGUUAUGCAGGGAUGCCAAAUUUGAAAAGCCAGAAACCGGGAGAUUACAGUCAGUUAUUCCCUGGGGAUAUGUCCCCCAGAUAUAAGACCUCCGGGGAUCUUGGGGACUCUAUUUUGUUAUAA